UCUUUCGGUCAUGGACGCCGCUGUUCUGCAGAAAUACUCGGUGUGUGUUUUGUUUCAGGGGGACAUGAAGCCAUGUUAACUUGGCCAAACGCUUGAUUUGCUUUCAGUAAUGUCGAGCAGCUCCACUAUCCACCUGACUUUUCCGCAGUGUGGCGGCGGCGCACGGAAAAUCCGCUUUAUUUACUUAGUGAAUGUGACUUCGUUCAGACUGACUGAGAGUCCCAGCAAGGAAGCAGGGAUUCCUCUGUAUUUGGGAGCUGAUGUCCUUUUCAACACCGACAUCCGAACAGAGAACCAUCCCAGAUACCACGCCAAGCUUGCUAAGAAAGGACUUGCUACAAAAAUACAGUUUUCACCAGCAUUCAGGUUUCAUGGGUUGAAGGUGCCUGCUACAAAUAACAGCCUCUGGUUCUACAGCAUUCAAGGACUUUUUCGAGUAGCCUUUGAUAUCUACAGUAAGAAGGAGCAACUUGCAGUCCUGGAAAACCUUCAGGAUGUUUGGAAAUCACAGAUUGAUGACAGCCCCCUAAAUAUGAGUUACAGCCUGAGUGUGCAGGUGGACCUGUGUGAUACAGAAACAAGAAUGGAAACGUCGCCUUGUCACCAGGUUGACAGGAAAUCUGCGGUUCAAGGUGGCACUGACACAGCCAUCACGUCAGCAGAUCACGAUUACUGUUCCUCUCCCAAGCAGAGUUUACAGACUGAGCAAAACCAGCUGGUUUUAUCCUCUGUGAGGCAUAAACUGCACCGCUUGGAUGAGCAACUCUCCUCUGAACCUGCCUCCUGCACGGAGCUGCUGAAGACGGUCUUGCUGCUUUUAGAAAACAUUGAUCGGUACAUAAAUGGGCAUCUGGAAGAACAUCAGGCCGCUGAAGCUGUGUUGGCCCUGCUGGAAGCCAAAAAGUGGGGCUCUGCGUACUCCAGCUCGCUGCUCAGCUGUGUGGGCCGUUGGCUCGGGCAGCAGUUUCACACGGCCAACGGUAGCAUCAGCCAGAAAGUGGAGGGCUUCAAAGUUCAACACAUCGAGCGAAUCAGUGACUUGCCGCCUGCAGAGGAGCUCGCUGCAGAGCUCUUCCCUGAGGCCAUGCGAACACUGCUGCUGCACUGGAUGGGCUUAAGCGAGGAGUCUUCCCUGGAGAAGAGGCACAGCGAAUACCCCAUUCUGCUCCUCAUUCUGGAGUUUGCCAACCACAACCUCAUUACUGGUGUAGCUCACGUGCUGUACUCCAGCCUGAUCUGUAAAUAAAAGUUAA